AUGUGGACAGACGUAGGCAGUCUCAGGUAUGAUGUUGUUGGAGUUUUGGGUCUUCUCCAGGAGCAAAAACUUACAGCUACUUUGUGGAUGCUUGCUUAUAGGGCAUCUGCAAAGCAUAUGGAUGAGAUUGCAAAGAUGGAAAAAUCAACUAUCCUAAAGUACUUGGUGAGAUUCUGUAAUGCAGUAGAAAAUCUGUACACGAGGGAGUACCUUCGCAAACUUACACAUAGGGACCUGCAAAGGCUUCUACAAAAAGCUAAGGCUCGAGGUUUCCUAGGACUGAUUGGAAACAUCGAUUGCAUGCAUGGCAAUGGAAGAAUUGCCCCACUGCUUGGCAAGGAGACUAUGAAAAUCGAAAGGGCCAAAAAAGUGUUUCGAUAUCUUGCAAACUUGUUGGGGUAUUAUUAUGGAUGCUGCUCGGAGUUUGAUGAGGAGGUGCUGCGAAGCAUUAUGAUAACUUGCAUCAUCCUCCACAACAUUAUUGUAGAGGAUGAGUUUGAUUAUGAUGCUCCAAAGGUGUUCGAACCGGAUCCAAUGAACACGACCUUGACAAGGAUUUAUGAAAGGCCGAUGGGACCAAAUGGAAAUACAUUGGAGCAAGAACUGUUAGUUUGGGAUGGUCGAUUCAACAACCCCAUGCUUGAUCGUUACCAGGAAAUGCAAUCUUCGUAUGUUCACGAGAAGCGUCAAGUUGACUUGAUUGAGCACUUAUGGGAGAUGAAAGGCAAUUACAAUGGAUGA